AAUAAUAAUAAUAAUAAUAAUAAAUCAUGCUAUCUCUAACCAUAAACAUCAUAGAAUAAAUUCACAGAGACUUGUAAUAGGUUGGCUAGCUCCUAGGAAUCUAAUUUCCUUCUCUCUAUAACUCCACAUUCUCUCUGUCUUUAACUCACACAAGCCCUGAAACAAGAAGCUAACGCUCAGCCACCUCCAUCUAAAUUUUCAUGGCCACUCCACAUGAAAAUUAUGCAUCAACAGUCACUAUUACAAAGAGGGUAUCCGUAUAUCCGAAGGCCUCUCACCCUCACAGAAUUCUCAACCUCUCCAACUUAGACAGGCAGUGUCCUUUGCUUGUGUAUUUGGUUUUCUUUUAUAAGCCAUCUCAUGCUUACGCCAACUUGUCGCUCAACUCAGUUUUUAGUGGCUUGAAAUCUGGCUUGGAAGAGACCUUGUCCAUCUGGUACCCUGCCGCGGGUAGAUUGAACUUGAAUCCAAAUGAUGGAAAGCUCAAUCUUUGGUGCAACAACGAAGGUGCAGUUCUAGUUGAGGCAGUGACACAAAUAAAGAUCUCAGAGCUUGGAGAUCUCUCGCAGUACAAUGAAUUCUUUGAAAAUCUAGUCUAUAAACCUGUUUUCAAUGGAAAUUUCUCCGCGAUGCCCUUGGUUGUUGCCCAGGUGACAAAGUUUGGCUGUGGAGGCUACUCAGUGGGCAUAGGCGCAAGCCACUCCUUGUUUGAUGGACCAGCCACCUUCGAUUUUCUGUGUGCAUGGGCUUGUAAUUCUGCAAUUAUGAAAGAAAAGGGUAGCCAUGAGCUUCAGAAACCAGUUCAUGAUAGAGGACUACUAGUACAGGUGGGUAAUUGCAAUGCCCAAAAAUCAAGCAUAACAAGAGCUGCAGCAAUAGAUCAUCUCUAUCAGUUGAUACAACAAACGCUAGCUGAUCAUCAUCAGAAUCUUGCUAUAGAUCAUGGGUGGUUUGGAGAUCGAAACCCUAGUUAUCUUCUAAAGACUUUUCAUGUGAGUGGUACGAUGAUCGAAAACCUGAAGAGAAAAGUACUGGGCGAGAAGAGAAGCAGUAGCUUCUCAUCAUGUUCAUCUUUUGAGUUACUCUCAGCUCAUCUAUGGAAGGUGAGGACCAAGGCUUUAGGAGUGCGAAAGGAGAGAAUGGUGUGCCUGCAAUUUGCAGUGGACACAAGGAACAAGAUGGUGCCCUCACUACCUAAAGGCUUUAGUGGCAAUGCCUAUGUUCUGGCUUCAGUCUUAAUAAGAGCCGGUGAACUGGAAGUAGCAAGCCAUGAAGCAAUAAUAGAGAAGAUAAAACAAGCUAAGAACUCUGUAAACGGUGACUAUGUGAGAGCAUACAUGGAGGCACUUAAUGGACCCCAAGCUAAUCUCCCUCCUCUGAGUGAACUCACUUUGGUUUCUGACUGGACAAGGAUGCCAUUCCACAAGGUUGAUUUUCUACAGGGAUACGCAGCCUAUGCAUGUCCUCUGGUCUCUCCAAUCCCUCAGGUUGCAUAUUUCAUGCAGAAUCCAAUUGACGUCAGAGGCAUUGAUGUGAGGAUUGGCUUGCCUCCACAGGCCUUGGAUGCUUUCUCCCACUAUUUCCUCAUGAAUCUUUUAUGAACCUGAAGCUUCCUCCUUGUAUCUGUCUAAUAAUUUACUCUCUUUUCGUCUGAGAUGGGGGGAUGGACUUUAGGAAGAAGUGAACAUUAUAAGAAAUGAUUACUGGUUUUAAUAAUGAUGCUGUCAUACUCGGUUGCUGAGUUGAAGAGCUAGUUUUUAGAUAAAUAAGGAAAUUUUAUUUCUCAAGAGGUAGUCCAGAACCCAUUUCCCAUGAUAAUAGUGAGGUAUUUUCAUCACCAAA